AUGGAUUCACAUACACCAGUAAAGAGCAAGAAGCCAAUAUGUAGACAUUGUGGUUCUAUCACAUUCUCAAAGGAUGAUGUUGGUUUCUUGAAUUGUAAUAAUUGUCAUAUGCGAUUAGAGUCAUUCAUUUCACAAGAAGUAGAAGCUGAAAUUGGAGGAGCAGCAGUAAGAACGACAAGAGUUAAAAAGCCUGGUGAUACAGAUACACAACCAUUCAAAACUAUACAAAAAGACAAUAGAUAUCAUAUACUACAAACACUCUUACAACUACAAGCAACUUCACUCAUCAAACAAAUGCAAUUCAACAAACAGUUGUAUCAAGUAGUUGGUGAAUUAUGGCAUUCUUAUCUUUUGUCACUCAAGGCUGGCGAGAAUGCGAAACAACUUAAAUCAAAACCAUCAGCAGCAUCAUCGUCGUCGUCGUCGUCUGUUGGUGCUACAGACAAAGACAAAGAAAAGGAAAAGGAAAAGGAAAAACAAGGUGAUAGCGAUAGUGAUAGUGACGAAGACGAAGACGAGGACGGUGUAAAUAAUAUAAAAGAAGUUAGAAGAAUGAAAUCUAGACCAUCACCAUUGCUAACACUUGGUAUAUGUUUUCUAUCAUUGACAUGGAUAAAAGAACCCAUUAUGAUUUGUGAUUUACUAAGAUUGGUUCAUACUGGUCAAAUCCCUAUCAAACUAUCAAAUCAUCAACCAAAAUGGACUAAUUUUAAUAACUAUAAUUAUAAAUUACUUUAUUCAACUUGUAAAAAUCUAUCUGAAUAUUUAAAUUUUGAGCCUGAAAUGAAUAUGGCAUUAAUAUUAACUAGAAUAUGUUCACAACUUGGUCUACCCAAAUCAAUAUUGGUAUUGGCCAUUCACAUUUAUACAAUUGUAAAAAUACCUUUUGAAUUGGCAAAGAAACCAAUCAAUAGAAAAAAAAAGAUAUUGGAUAAUUAUCUAUCACUCUUUAUGUCGUAUAAUUCCGAUGUAUUGGCAUCUUCACUCAUUCUCUUUUGUAUAAACAUUAAAUACAAUUUGGAAACAAAUUUGGAGGAAUCAAGUUAUCCAGACUUUUUACAAAAAUCAAUUUCAACUAGCAGUAAUAAGAAAAAAGAUUCAAUGGAUUUGGAUGAUAGUAGUAGUAGUGAUGACAGUAGUAGUGAUAGUGAAAGCGAAGAGGAUGAUAGUGAUGAAGAUAAAAAGGAAGAGGAUUAUGGUAUAAGAGUAUUUUUAACAGAUCAAGUACAAGACAUAAAGGAUUCUAACAAGAAAAAAGAAAAAACAACACAAGAGGAAGAAGAACCAUUCAAAUUUGAAAAAUGGUUAUAUAGUGUCAUUGAUAUGGUACAAUCGAAUAAUUACCUUCAAAAUGGAUCGUUGUGGAACUUUUCACAUGAAGAUUUGCGAAAAAAACCAAUCAAUGAUACUCAUCAAAGAGAUAAAUCCUAUUUACAAACAUUUAUUAGUGAUAAAUAUCAAAUUUAUAAAAAUGGUAUACAACAACAACAACAAGAUACAAACAAUAACAAUUCAAAUUCAACUACUACUAGUCCAACAAAUCAAGAUAAACAAUUUGAAAAGAAAAUAUUUAGUGAUUAUUUUAAUAAUAUUGUAUUAAAUUCAAAUGUAAAGGUUGAUAAUAACAAUCAAUUUGAAUAUAAAUCAUUUGGAAAGAAUUUUAAAUCAAAUUAUAAUUCUGUACUUUGUCAAAUAUUUGAAUCAAUUAUUGGAUGUUCACAACGUGAUAUUACUUUAAUGAUUCAAGAAAUUGAAAAGAUUUAUCUAAUCUACUCUAAAAAAUAUAUUGAAUCUAAAAAGAAUAAUACUCCAUUCCAAUUGAUUGCAAAGGAUUUUCAAUAA